CACCAAUGGUGGGCUGCCUAUUCAGGCAGAGCCGCGUGAGCUCUACCCCGCGGGGACGGAAGUGGGUGCGGGGCCCGGCUGCUGUGCAGUGAGCGCGCGGCAGUGCCUGCUCCUCGUCUCCCAGCAUGGCCGGGCUGAGCAGCGGCAGCGGCAGCGGCGGCGGCUCCAGCCUGGGGCGGUGCAGCCACGUCGUGGUGCGGGCGCCGCCCGAGUCGCUGCCCCAGCACGCGCUGCGGAUAGAGAAGAGCAAGGAGGUGGACUUCGCCCGGGCCGAGCGGGAGUACCAGCUCUACGUUGGGGUGCUCAAGAACAAGCUGGGGCUGCAGGUGCUGGAGCUGCCGGCCGACGAGAGCCUGCCCGACUGUAUCUUCGUGGAGGACGUGGCCGUGGUGUGCGAGGAAACCGCCCUGAUCACCCGGCCGGGGGCCCCCAGCAGGAGAAAAGAGGUUGAUGCAAUGAAGAGAGCACUAGAAAGUCUUAACCUCAACAUUGUAGAGAUGACCGAUGAAAAUGCAACCUUAGAUGGUGGAGAUGUCUUAUUUACAGGCAGGGAAUUUUUUGUGGGUCUGUCAAGACGGACAAAUCAACGUGGUGCAGAAAUUCUGGCUGACACAUUUAAGGAUUAUGCUGUCUCCACAGUCCCUGUUUAUGGCACUUUGCAUCUGAAGAGUUUUUGUAGCAUGGCUGGACCAAACCUGAUUGCCAUUGGUUCGACUGAAGCUGCGCAAAAAGCCCUCAAGACCAUGCAGCAGAUGAGUGACCAUCGCUAUGACAAAUUGACAGUGCCUGACGACGCUGCAGCAAACUGCAUAUAUCUCAACAUUCCAGGCAAAGGCCACGUUUUGCUGCACAAAGCCCCUGAGGAAUAUCCAGAAAGUGCAAAGGUUUUUGAAAAACUGAAGGACCACAUGCUGAUCCCUAUAGCCAGCACAGAACUGGAGAAAGUAGAUGGGUUACUCACCUGUUGUUCUGUCCUUAUUAACAAAACUUCAGAAUUAUGAGAUAUAGAAUCCCUCCCUUGUAACUGGCAAUAAAGUACAUGCAAGGUAGACCAAUCUAUAUCCACACUUUUAUUGUUUUUAUUGACAAUCUACUGUACCACUGUGCUACUAACCCUUGUUUACAAAUGUUUUGCUUUGUGUAUUUGUAUGUCCCGGUAGAUGGUAUUUAAGGUGUAUGUGUGCUUUUGCUGGGAUGAAUAUAGUGCAAUGAGCAAGCAAAAGACAACUAUGAUAGCUAACCCCUAGCUUUAGUGAUUUACAUACUCAGUGUGAAAACUACAUGGGGGAAAAUUAGUUCCUAACCAUUUGCUAAGCAUCUCCAUUGUCUUGACACCUUUCCCACGUGUUUUACCUUUUCUCUCCCUUUCCUUUCUGCUUCAUCACCCUUUUUUUCUUAAGUCUUUUCCCUAUCUUCCUCUCUUUAUUAUCAGGAAUUCAAGAUAUUGGUAGCUAAUGAAGGACAUUCAAUAGAACCAUGAAUUUGGGCUUGUGUAGUAAGUAGGCUUUCCUUAUGAUGAUUGAAACAGUGUGAAAUUGAUUAUACUCCUUAUUCUGACCAGUAUCGCAUGGCCACUUCUGUGUAGAAUCAUAUACUCCUGGGGCAUUCUGUGCCAAAAAAAUGAAAAAUUCUGUGCCAAAAAAUUAAAUUUUGUGCACAAUAUUUUAAAAUUCUGCAUAUUUUAUUUGUCAAAAUAACACUACAUAAUCACACCAGUUUCAGGUU